CCAGGGCCAAAACGACACCAUCUUGCGAUUGCGAUGGAUGCUGCAACGGAACUCGUGUCGACGUCCAACUUCCACGCGACUCUACUUCCAGGUGAGCUGUCGGUGAUUCAGAUCCCGCCGGCUCAUGUUCGAGCGUGCUCGUGGGCGCUUCUCAAUUUGUUGUUGUAUGGAGAAUGCAGUCUGAACUGCCGCGAAGACGAUGCUGCGACAGUGGACCACAUUUGCCGUCUGAAGCAAACCGACCUGUUCUCGAUGGUUGUCGACAACGACGGCAUCACAUUGUUCGUCGACCCGAAUGGCAUUGCCAUGUUUGAGGCGGCCGUACGUUUCCUGACGAAAAUGUUCCAAAGAUGAGAAUGUAGAUAGAACUUGCAUGACAAGAUUCGCAUGGCCCCGCAGCAUUGGCGCGCAAUCCAGAUCCACUUGGGUCCUAUGGUUGCAGAAUUCCCAGGCGUAGUGAGCUUCUUGUCCAAGCUCUUGGCCGAGGACAACAUUAGUAUUCUCAACAUGAGCACAUACGACACCGACAUCAUCUACGUGCAGGCAUGCAAAUUGGACCAGGCCGUGGCAUGCCUUCGGCGGAAACUUUCGCGUGGCGUCACCGGGUUAAAAGCAGACAUGGAAUCCGAAUGUGAAUUGCGACUGAGCGUCGAUCCCGACAUCCUCUUCGACUUGAAGGCUGUCGUCGAUUCCGCGCAAUAUCUCGCCGUAUAUCCAGAACGGAUGGUCCUGGUGCGGUUGAAGAAAGAGGCGCUUCGAGAGAGCGCAUUCGGGUUGACGCAGCUGGUCCUGCGGUCGUCGUCGGCGCAAACGGCAGCAACACCGCCAUCACAUUGUAGCACGUCGUUCUGGUGCUACUGUGAAACUGCAGAAGAGAUCAGCUUGAUUCUCGACAACGUACGGUUGCUUUCACCCGUGUUCAUGCUGACUUGCCGUCAGGAAUGCUUGGCCGAUUUCUCCGAGACCGCUGUGAUCGUGUCCCACGACCGGUGGCGCGUCAUCAAGCUGUGCGGGAAAACGUACGAUUUCGAGGAGACCGGCAUCGUCGCCGCCAUGUCGGCGCUGAAUGCGGUCGACACGCAAGUCCUCAACAUCUCGAGCUUUGGCUCGAAUGUGACGCUCGUGCUGGAGGAAGCUCUCGACGCGUCGGUCGCGAGUUUAUGUGAGUCGCUCAACUUGACACGCGUCGACUAUCGAGUCCGCGAGAGAGGGGGGGGCUCCGUCUGUUGAAUAGGGGUAUUUCUAAAUCGAGUCGAAUCCGUCGCCACCACGUCGACAGUCAUCGAAUGGACGACCGAGAGUCGGCUGGAGGAAAAG